AUUACAUCGAGUUCCACCGCUUGCCAGAAAGACCGUCCGCAAGAUCAAGAUGGUCAACCUUCGCUCUCAAAAACGGCUCGCCGCUUCCGUCAAGGGCGUCGGCCAGCGUAAAAUCUGGCUGAAUCCCGCGGAGCAGUCCGAGAUUGCCAGCGCCAACUCGCGCUCCCACAUCAAGAAAUUGAUCAAGGACGGCGACAUCAUUAUCAAGCCGACUACUAUUCAUUCGCGCGCACGGACGCGGGCGCUCCUUGCUGCAAAGAGGAAAGGACGUCACACUGGCCCGGGUAAGAGGAAGGGUACUGCGGAGGCUCGUAUGCCGACGAAGGUGUUGUGGAUGCGGAGACAGCGUGUGCUCAGACGGUUGCUGCGCAAGUACAGGGAAGCUGGGAAGAUCGACAAACACCUCUACCAUUCCCUGUACCAAAAGUCGAAGGGUAACGUCUUCAAGAACAAGCGAGUGUUGAUGGAGUACAUCCACAAAGCUAAGGCUGAGAAGAGCCGAACCAAGGUUCUCACUGACCAGAUGGAGGCGCGCCGUGUUAAAAACAAGGCUGCUCGCGAACGUCGUGCUGCUCGCAUCACCGAGAAGCGGUCGGCAUUUUUGGCCGUGGAGGAGGGUGCCGUCAAGGAGUAAAUUCCCCAUGUCCCGUCUACUCAUGUCGUAUCAUGCCUCGUUAUGUAUCCUUUUUUCAUGCAUCCAUCAACACACAAUUCUGGUAUUAGGCGAACUGAGGACCGUCUGCGCUCUUUCAGAUACGCAUUGCACUGCCGGCGGAUCAGGGUGCUCCAAGUGCCCGUUAUCCUCUUGAAUAGAUGAUGUACAAAGUAGAAGUGCACUACUCGCAAAUUCGAUGAGCAUAGGGACGAUAGGGG